AUGGCCGCCGUCUCGUCCUCCAUCCCAAAGCUGGACCGCUAUAUCGUCAUCCAUGUCGCGACUACGUGCGACGAACAUGGCGUCUACGUCACCAAGGACUCUGCAGAGGUCAUUGAACUCGGCUGGAUCCUGCUCGAUACCAAGACCUGCGACGAGUUGCACCGAGAGAGCGUUCUUGUCAAGCCUGUCAACACUCCCAUCACUCCCCUUUGCACGAGCCUAACCACCCUCACUUGGGAAAAUGUCCGCAACGCUGGAACUUUCCGGGAUGCCAUCAAUCGCUUCGAUGCCUUUGCUCAGGAACACCUCGUCUCCAAGAACCUGGAGUUCUCUUUCGUGACCCUCGACUCUUGGGAUCUUCGUGUACAAUUGCCCCGUGAGGCCCGAGACAAGUCCGUCGUUCUGCCCCCGUACCUCCAGCACUCGCGCACCUUCGACCUGCGCACUGAAUAUCAGAGAUGGCAGACACACCACCCAGAGUCUCUGCCUUUUGGCCCCAGCUCUCUGUCCAACAUCUGCGCUGCGCUAGAAGUCGAGCCCGUACAGUCCUCGGCCCCGAUCAAACACAACUUGCCUUUCCACCUGCAGGCUCUCGCCCCGGCCUCUCCCCGUCGCGCAAUGGAGGAAGCCGUCACACUGGCUCGCGUUCUCAAAGGACUCAUCCGCAAGUCUCAGCCUUCUCAUGAGCAUCCCGAGAUUCUCACGCGCCCCAUGGAUGCUCGCGCUGACGUUCGUGCUUUCCUCGCCGAACGUAGCAAGGUCCUUCACAUGAGCGGCCUGCCGCACGAUACCACCCAGUCGGAAUUGGAAAGCUGGUUCACCCAAUUCGGUGGUCGUCCAAUUGCCUUUUGGACUCUACGCACUCCAGACCAACACAAACCUACUGGUACCGGGUUUGCUGUCUUUUCGUCCCACGAAGAGGCCGCUGAAAGUCUUUGCAUGAACGGCCGAGCACUCAACGAGAAAGCCAUUGAGGUCUCUCCUUCAUCUAGCCGUGUUCUAGACCGUGCUGCUGAAAUUCUUACGCCGUUCCCCCCGUCCAAGAACCGCCCUCGACCUGGUGACUGGACCUGUCCAUCUUGUGGAUUCUCCAACUUCCAAAGACGAACUGCUUGCUUCCGUUGCUCAUUCCCCGCUGUUGGUGCUGCUCCCGACCCUAUGAACUAUGGUUAUGGUUACGGCCCCCCAAACAUGAUGCCUCCUAUGAACCACCACGGUGGACACGGCAUGGGCCACUCUCGUAUGGGCGGUAACGGAGGUGUUGUGCCCUUCCGUGCUGGUGAUUGGAAAUGUGGCUCCGAAGGCUGUGGCUACCACAAUUUCGCAAAGAACACUAAUUGUCUUCGCUGCGGUGCACCACGCUCUGGAGCAGCUGUCGUGGCUGACUCUGCCUACUCCUCGCCCAUGGAACCGCCUUCGGGCUUUGGAAUGGGACCUGGCUCAAUGACAAGCACCCCUGCCCCUGCGUCGUUCGCCUCAGGUGGUGGCGGAUUCGGUGGCUUUGGACAGCAAUUUGGCGCUCCUCCCAGCAACUAUGCUCUUCCGUCCGGCCUUGGAAAUGCCCCUGCCCCCUAUCCCCCAAUGGGCCAGAUGAAUGCCGGUUAUGGCUCGGCCAACGCAUCUCACUCAGCGGCUUCUUUCGGCAACCCGGCGACUCAGGCGGCUUUCACAGGGGCUGAUCACGGUCCCCAUUCGAGUGCCUCCAAUGGCAACCUUUACGCCAACGAUGGCUCAAACGACCCCUUCGCUUUUCUGUCCACAGGACUUGGCGGGCUGACAGUCAAUGACGAUGGUCAUGGCCGUCGUAAUGGCACAAACUCAAACAAGUCUCCCGCAUGA